CCAUGCGCUGGUAGCUGAGGGGGGGGGCUCGGUCCGGUUCCCGGUGCCGCUGCCGGUCCGGGUCCGUCAUGGCCUCGAACUGCGCGGGGGGUUCGGCGGCGGGGAGCGGCGGGGCCACGCUGGGCUCCGUCCUGAGCGCCAGUAAAACCAAAACCAAGAAGAAACACUUCGUCUGCCAGAAGGUGAAGCUGUUCCGGGCCUCGGAGCCGCUGCUCAGCGUCCUCAUGUGGGGGGCGAACCACACGAUCAAUGAACUCAGCAAUGUUCCUGUCCCUGUCAUGUUAAUGCCUGACGACUUUAAAGCCUACAGUAAGAUUAAGGUGGACAAUCAUUUAUUCAACAAGGAAAACCUGCCAAGUCGCUUUAAAUUUAAGGAGUAUUGUCCACUGGUGUUCCGAAACCUCCGAGAAAGAUUUGGGAUCGACGAUCAAGACUACCAGAACUCAGUGACACGAAGCGCCCCGGUGAACAGCGACAGCCAGGGCCGAUGCGGGGCCCGGUUCCUCACCACCUAUGACAGGAGGUUUGUCAUUAAGGCAGUGUCGAGUGAGGACGUAGCAGAGAUGCACAACAUCUUAAAGAAGUACCAUCAGUUCAUUGUGGAGUGUCACGGGAACACCCUCCUGCCCCAGUUCCUGGGCAUGUACCGGCUCACCGUGGACGGGGUGGAAACCUACAUGGUGGUUACCAGGAACGUGUUUAGUCACAGGCUGACUGUGCACCGAAAAUAUGACCUGAAGGGCUCAACAGUAUCCAGGGAAGCAAGCGAUAAAGAGAAGGCCAAGGAUCUGCCGACGUUCAAGGACAACGACUUCUUGAAUGAAGGUCAGAAGCUGCAUGUUGGAGAAGAGAGUAAAAAGAACUUCCUUGAAAAGCUGAAGCGGGAUGUGGAGUUUUUAGCUCAGCUGAAGAUUAUGGACUACAGCUUGCUGGUUGGGAUCCACGAUGUUGACCGAGCAGAGCAGGAAGAGAUGGAAGUGGAGGAUCGGGCAGAGGAUGAAGAGUGUGAGAACGAUGGUCUCGGAGGCAACCCCAUUUCCUCCUACGGCACGCCCCCCGACAGCCCCGGGAACCUCCUCAACUACCCUCGCUUCUUUGGGCCAGGAGAGUUCGAUCCUUCUGUUGAUGUCUACGCGAUGAAAAGCCACGAAAGUGCCCCCAAGAAGGAAGUGUACUUCAUGGCUAUUAUAGACAUUCUUACACCAUACGAUGCGAAGAAGAAAGCUGCACAUGCUGCCAAAACAGUGAAACAUGGGGCUGGGGCAGAGAUCUCCACCGUGAACCCUGAGCAGUACUCUAAACGCUUCAACGAAUUUAUCUCCAAUAUCCUGACAUAGUUGUCUUCAGCCUUCAGCAAGAAACGAAGAGAAGAGGGGCUACUUCCAAACAGAGAACGCAGCCUGUGACACUAAAACAGACACUGUAGCAGCAUGUGGGGUGUGCGUGUGUGUGUGCGCGCGUGUGCAAGAGUGAGUGUAUGGCACUGCGUGACUUAAAAAACUAAUUCUAGGUGCACCCUCCAACAGUCCACUUGACCCAGGUGGAAAAGUGGGUUUUUAUGUUACAGAAGUGCCCAGACAUAGAUUUGAGGGCUUUUUAAAACCAAGAAAAGUGCAUUGUUUCAGCACUGCUCUUUCUAAUGACGUUUUCUCCUCUCUGAUCCAGAGAAUCCCGUAGGGAUGUGAUACGUGGCACUGUAUGAAAGGGGUUGCUCUAGAUCAUGUUCAGUGGCAGCAAAGCAGUGCCUGAUUCCACAAACACCUACUUUUGUUUUUUUAUUGGACUGUCUUUAACCAGAAAGACAUACAAACCCUUUUAUUUCCCUCUUGGUAGGAAUUGGAAGGAAAAUAGCUCAUCAUUUCAAGGACGGAAAAUAUUACUCUGAUAAGGAGGAGUCGCUGAACUUUAGGUAAAUUCAGACUGGGACACUUUAUAUUUUUUGGUUAAUUUAAGUAAUAAAAACUUUUUUUUUUUUCUUUUGUAACUGCACUUGAUUUACAAGAAAGACAAGGGGAAUGAACAUCUACCAAAGAUGAUUGCUUAAAAAGGUGUAACUCCUAGAGCCUAAAAAUACAGUGUGAGAAGUGGUAGAAGCAUUGAACAACCUCAGACAAUAACAUGCUCGGAGCCAUUGUGUUUUAAAUUGGCCAGCUAUGAAGAUUUCAUAAAAGAGGUAAAAAAGGCUUUUUGUAUUUGUAGAUACGGGAUAGUAGCGACUAUCCGGAACGUUUCCCUGUCAUGCCUCGGUCAGGAAUUGCCGUCUCUCUUAGAUUAGAGCUUCUCAUCAUGGUUCUGCCAGUGUUAAUCUAGCUAAUGUUCAGUCUUCCUUACUCGCCCGAUCUGCAACAGGUACUUGAAUUUGUGUCCUGACAGAGGUUCUUUGGUUCGUUGGUUUGGUUUUUCCAUGGCAAUGUGACUUGCACACGAAGGCAUUGGACUCGCUACCAGUGGGGAGUGCUGGGAGCUGUGACUGUGGAGCAAGUUCCACUGCUCAAGAGGACUCGGGACUUGAGCCAUGAUUAUUUUUACUCUUCUCUGCUCCAAACCCCUCUCUAGAGCGACAGCCGAGGAGUGGAAGUGGUUGAACAUUCGCAUCAGAUUAUUUUCCCCCCCCUUAAGGAUUUGGAACUGAUACGCGUGAUUGAAUAACGUCCUGUUCUGUCUCUGGAACGCUUGUAAUAUUUUUCACAGUCAAGCUUGUCAGACUUGCUUUGGGUUUUGUUAGCUCUGCUGCACAACGGUUACGGAUCCUUCGGUUCUUUUUUUAAUGUUCUUUUUCUUUCUCAGCAGGAUUUAGUGUUUCGAACAAACCUCUUGCAGUUGAAACAUGUUGCUUAUCUGCCUUGAAACUGUUUUCACAUAUGCCUUUGUUUCGGGAAUAAGCUGUUUCGAAUGUCUGUCCUGUGCUGUAACGCGUGCUACAGUUCGCUGUGUGGAAUUUGGUCCUUUUGAAAGAUAACUGGUGCUCAUCACAUCCCGAUAAUUCCCCUAGACUAAUGCUAGCUCUGGUCUGGAUUCAGAAUGUGGGCUUGGGGUUUUUUGAUGUUCAUACCCACAUUUGUGAUGUGAAUCCCACAGGUCUCAACUUCAAAGGGGACAAAAGGGGGCUAAAGCCUCAGCCCACGAGAGUGCACUGUAAAUAGUCUUGAAGAAAUCAAAAAUUAGUAUUAGGGGUCAUAACGAAUCUUUUUAUUCAUUCAUGGGUCAUUCCCUUUGACUGGGGACAGAUUCCUUCUGCCGCUGCAGUCCAGUCCCUGCGUAAUGCGGGGUAACGCACCGCGUCUGGGAGGUUGGGGAGUUGCGUGUCUUAAGGCGUGUCGCAGGAAAAGCCACAAAACAGAUGCAGCUGUGAGGAUACUGUAAAAAAAGGGAGGACUUGGAGGGUAUCAUCAGCUUCAUUUUGUGAGUGUUAUGUCAGUUUUCUCUUAAAUGAUAGUUUUCU